AUGAUUCCGUUUGGGCGUAAUCCUGAUUUCGUGGACCCAGGAUCUCUUGUAGACCGGGUACAUGAGCUAAGCUCCGAGCCUUCAGCGAGACUGGCACUAGUUGGCCUCGGCGGUGUCGGAAAAUCUCAGAUUGCCAUCGAAUACGCAUACUGGAUCCGAGAGCAGUCACCUGGAACUUGGGUUUUUUGGGUUCACGCGAGUGACAUUGUGCAAUACGAAGAGGGCCUCCGUGAUAUCGCAGAGCUUGUCAAAAUUCCGCGCCGUCAGGACCCAGCUGCCAAUAUAUUUCAGCUUGUCGGUAGUUGGCUCCAGGACCGAAAAGAAGAACCAUGGCUUCUUAUUCUUGACAAUAUUGACGAUGAUGAAUUUCUUCACAAGCCAGCCUUCGAGAAGUCCAGAUCAGCCCGUCACAAUGAACGAGCUGAUGUACUCAGUGAACAAGGAGGUCUUUCCGAUAAAUCGCCCCUUGAUUUUCUACCAAGGGCACCGCAUGGGUCCAUUAUAAUCACGACUCGUAGCAAGCACAUUGCGAUGAAGCUUGUUAAUGAAUGCGAUAUAAUGACAAUUGAGCCUUCGGAGACUCAUGCAUUUGCUUUACUUCAGAAAAAGCUUCAAAACAAAGUCGUCGCAGAUGCAUUGAGUCUACAAAGUCUUGCUCGGGAACUUGACUGGAUAGCAUUGGCUAUUGUUCAAGCAGCAACUUUCAUUGCAAGGCACUCUCCUCGAUUUUCUGUGCAAAAAUACCUUGAAAUGUUUCAAGAGAGCAACAAAGCAAGAGCGAGCCUUUUGAAGCGCCAAACAAGACUGUUACAUCGUGGUCGGAGAACCGAUAAUUCCAUAAUAGUAACACUGCAAAUAUCCUUUGAAUCAAUUCGAAGAGAGAAUCCACAAGCCACAAAUCUUCUCUCCUUGAUGAGCUUUUUUGAUCGACAAGGGAUCCCGGAUUUUCUACUACACACAUCAGUCCAUGAAGAUGGUGACGAAGAGGCUAAGAGCGAUACUGAUGAGGGUUAUACGCCAUUUGGACCUGCUUAUCAGAAAGGGAAAAAUAUCAAUCAGGUCCUAGAAGACAGCAAUAGCAGCAUUGAAGGCAAAGCUGCAUUCAGUCUAUCUCAAUUAAAAUUUGAAGACAGCAUCGCCACGCUCAAAGACUACUCUCUCAUUUCCAUCGAUCCUGAGACGCUUACAUUCGCGAUGCAUGGUCUUGUGCAACUUUCGAUCCAGGAGUGGCUGAACACACAAGAAGAGCUUGACUAUUGGAAAGAGAAGUUUAUACGCAAUCUGUAUCUUGAAUUUCCAAAAUUCACCAACUUCGACAACAUAACAAGAUCUCGAGCCUUGCUCCCACACAUUCAGUCAGCAUUAUUACACGGUCCAGACUCCAACAAUCGAUUAAGAUGGGCUAGGCUUAUUCGCCAUGCCUCUGAUUAUGUGCUCUCCUGCGAAAAACCAAAUGAAGCGAAACGCAUGACCGUUAUUUCACGGAAGGAAACCGAGAAUCUUCUUGGAUGGAGACAUCCAGAGACAAUAAUUGCCUCCGCCUUCGAAGUGAAAGCAUUAAUGAAAUGCGAGGACACAAAGUCUGCGGAGGAGCGAUGUCUCCAAACAAUCGAAGCAUGUAAGAAUUUUCAUCUGGAGACGGGCUACACAGUCUAUCUUACGUUUCGCAAGCUUCUCGCCGAAAUACACCAUCGACAAGGACCUCAUCGAUGGGCUGAGUCUGAAUCUGAAUAUGAAGAACUCUUGGCGAUUUGGGAGCAGAAGAAACCGGACAAUGAAGAGGCCAUUACCUCUAUCAAGGCAGCUCUAGCCGGACUAUAUCAAGAUCAAAAUCGUCUUGACAAAGCGGAGAUUCUACUUCGACAAUUGUUAAACUCACACAAAUCAGUUCAAACAGAUCGCCGUCAGGACCUAGGCUACCACAUGGAGAGCUUGGCAUCUCUUUAUGGACGACAAGGGCGGUAUGAAGAUGCUAUCACACUUUUGGCGCAGGUGCUUGUACUCCAGGAAAGUCAAUUUGGACGAGAUCAUCCGCGAACACUCUCGAAUUUGAGAAGUUUUGCAUGCGCAAUGGAAGGCCAAAGUCAUACCUGGGAAGCGAUGGAAUUCAUGCAGGAGGUCUUUGAAAAGCAAAAGAUGGUUCUUGGACUAGAUCAUGGGGAAACAACGCACACCGCAUAUCUACUGGUCGACUUACUCGUUAAAAAUGACAAGCUAGAAGCCGCUGCAUGUCUAGCCGAAAGCUUUAUCAGCAUUCUUGAACCAGAUGCCAAUUCUGCCCAUGUCUUCUCAGUUAGACUUGUGCAUAUAUAUUUAGCACAAGGUCAGAGAGAGAAAGCUAGAGAGAUGAUCACCGACUCACUUAGAAGAAAGAGACAGCUUUACGGUGAAGAGCAUGAUCAAGUGAUCGAUGCCCAGCAUAAUUUGGCAUUAUGGCACGAGAAGCAAGGUCAACUUCGUGAGGCUGAGACUCUCUAUCACCAUAUAUAUCAGGUUCGCCAGCGAACUCUUGGUAGCGAAGACCCAAAGACACUCGAAAGUCUUCAAUGGCUUGUAGAUCUUUAUUCGAUGCAUGGUGGCCUAGUCAGCUCUGAGUCACUGUUGUCGAUGCUAAAUCAACUCUGCAAAUCAAGAGAAACUAUUCUUGGGAGAGAGGACCCUCAGACUCUUCUAAAUCUAUUCGCACUGUCACUGGAGUUUAAUGCACAGGAGAAGCCAUAUGAUGCUGCUAUCUUGCAGCAGGAAAUUCUUCAAAUAUGCAUGAAAUCUGGAAGUAAGUUUGAUAUGCUACCAGAUCUACUUGAAGCAUUGGUGGCUAGCUGGGAUCAACUCGGUCGUGACGAGGAUGCUGCAUGUCUGAGAGAACAACUCGAGAUCAUACCGGAGAACAUGUCCCCUAGGGAAAUUACUACGCAUCUCAGGUCCUCAGAAGUGUUGACAGGUAUUUUGGAAAGGUUCUCCCUGGUUGUCCAAUCGUUUGAGGGCGUGGAUUGA